GACAUGGAGAAUUUAUAUGAUCAAAUUGAAUACAGUAAUAAAAAAGAGAGAAAGCACUAAAUACAGUGUCACAGUGUUCAAGACAAUUCAUUCAUCUCCUCACCAAUCCAUAACAUAACAUGCCCUCAGCUCAGGAUCCAUUCUACGUUGUCAAAUCCGAGAUUCAAGAAUCUAUUGAUACUCUGCAAUCUACUUUUGAGCAAUGGAAACGUACUUCUGAUGCUGAAGAGCGAGGACGUGUUACAAAGGAGGUUAUUGCUGGAUGUGAAAGCAUAGAGUGGCAGGUGGAUGAAUUGGAAAAAGCAAUUGCUGUUGCUUCUAGAGAACCUUCUUGGUAUGGCAUUGAUGACGUGGAGAUUGAAAAUCGGAGGAGAUGGACAAGCAGUGCUCGUACUCAGGUUGGCACAGUGAAGAAAACAGUCGAUGCUGGAAAGAGCUUAAGUACAACAAGCAUUAAUGGGAUGCAUCGAGAACUAUUGAGGCUACCGGAUUCCUAUCAACCUUAUACAUCCAACCAGAAUGCUGCCAAUGAUAAUGAUGAUUUCAUACAAUCAGAAUCAGAUAGACAGAUGCUUCUUAUAAAGCAACAGGACGAGGAGUUAGAUGAACUUAGUUUAAGCGUGCAAAGAAUCGGAGGCGUUGGACUCACGAUACACGAAGAACUCCUUGCACAGGAAAAGAUUAUAGAUGAACUGGGUAACGAGAUGGACAGUACAUCAAAUCGUCUAGAUUUUGUCCAAAAAAAAGUUGCAAUGGUUAUGAAGAAAGCUAGCGCGAAAGGCCAGAUCAUGAUGAUAUUAGCCUUGUUGGCUCUAUUCAUUUUCCUAUUUUUCUUAGUCUUCUUAACCUAGUCAGUGUUACUAUGCUGUUUGUAUAUGGAAAAAUAUCUCAUUUUUUUAUGGGGAGAUGCAUAACUAAUGGAAAUACAGUCUUCAAUGGAAGCCUUCUUGUUCAUGGUUUCUGAUAGACAUUAGAAAAUUCUUUUGUGAUGUACUUCAUGGUUUCUGAUUAGACAGUAGAAGAGUGUAAUGUACUUCAAGGUUUAUAAUAGGAUUUUGGAUUCUGGACAAGUUGGUUUGGAUAAAUGAUGUCAUGAUGUUCCUCUUUUUAAACCA